AUGGAGUCUAAAAAAUUGUGUAGAAUAACAGAUAGAAUUGAUCAAACAGGUUUCAAAUGGAGGUGGAAAUCGGCGAAUAUGGACGGGGAGGUUCUAGAUGAUUUCAUGGAGUUAUGCUCCUUCAUUCAAGGGGUUAAUACAAAUCCUACACCAAUUGGACUCCGCUUUAACUUAAAUCCAGACGGAAAAUACACGGUUAAUACCCUAAGACAAAAGAUAGACUCCGAAAAAAACCCUCACACUGGCACAAUAAUCAACUGGGUAAAAGCAAGCCCUUUGAAAGUUAAAUGUUUCGUUUGGAGAACAUUAAUGGAUAGGCUGUCGCUAGCAACAAACUUAAUGAACAUGGGUAUUAUUAUGGCAAACACAAAUUGCCCCAUGUGCAAUGGCGAACAUGAAACAAGCGAUCAUCUAUUUGUUAAAUGUCCAAUAUCAAUCGAGGCGAGAUCUUGGAUCUUCAAAUGGCGUGGCAUUCCAGCUACUAACUUUGACACGGUAAAUGAAUUUCUCAAUUUCGCAGCUACAUGGGGGAACUGCCCAAGAAAAAGGGAGAGAUUCAAGGUGGUGCUUUAUGCGAUGCUUUGGUUUUUAUGGUUGGCCAGAAAUAAUUCCAUCUUUAAGGCGGUGAAACCGAUCCUAACUAUGAUUGCAGACGAGAGUACUAUUUUCCCCCUUUCUAACACUGCUUUAAGUCCACCCCCAGGCUCUUCCCCUCUACUUUCUCUUUCUUCCUGCGUUCUAACUCCUGGUGACCAGAUCAACCAGCCAUUUCCUAGGUUUUCGGUUCUCUUUUUCCAUGCUGAUCUGAGCUCUCAAUUACAUCCGUCAAUGAACUACGUGGAUUGUAUUACAGAUUGCGAUUAA